AUGAGGACGACCCCUCGCCUUUCAAAGGGCACAUUGAAUCCACAAUCAAACCCCCGGUUCUUCCUACCGGCCUUGAGCCUCUUCCUUCAUCGCCCUUCAGCAGUAUGUCCGGCUGUGCGAACUGCCCACGCUUCCACAAUUACGCAGCGCGCAUGCGUGUCGCUUCUCUUACUGCACCGUCACCUUAGCAGAGACAAUGGCGACCACCUCCCUCCUGGUACCCCUGCGGUCGCAGCCGCGGACGGCAGCCCAACAGGUGAAGAGGACGAUGAAGACUUGAAGGUGGAGACCUACCGUCCUCAGCUGUCCCCUGAGGAUGCAGAGCGGAAAGCUAAAACAGAUCUAUUUGUGUGCCUUCUGCUCACCCUCCCUCGUGAUCAGGACUGGAAGGAUAUGCUGGCGGCCGCCUUCCGCGCCGGUACCUGGAAGCCUCACCACCUCAAUGCCGUUCUGCAUGGGGUGCAGCUCAACAAGUACAACGAGCCCGCUGAGUGUGCAGUCAGCUGCGCCGCCUCCUUGCCUUUUUCGUGCUCAUCCGCACUUCGACACUCCAUCGUCGAUGCCUCCAAGACUGCCCCUGCGUCCUCGACACCGUCUACACGUCUGCAGCGCGCCAGAGACAUUUUGAUCUUCUGCACCGAAGAAGGUGGCGUGCACGCAGCGCCAUCUGCUGAGGGGCUCUUCGUUGGUGUCUCUAAAGCACCGCUGUCAUCAGCCGAAGAGGCCAGUAGACCCUCUAAAGCCUUUGCACCGUCAGCAGCGGCUGCUCACCACUUACUUGUUCUUCUCCUUCAAGCAGCUCAGAGAGGUGCGAGUGCGACAUCUCCCCUUUCAGACCCGAAUACCACUACGCAGCCUGUGGCAUCCUUCCACGACGUGUGGAGCUUCUUGGCCUGGAUGGAGCUGCACGAGUACCAUAUACUCUCCAACGCUGUGCUGGAUGCUCUGGAAGCGGUGGUAGAUGAAGGCGGAAGUCAGGCCGGCGCUGAGGCUGCGGCAGGACUGAAAAGUGCCGCCGGCUUAUCAUCAGCGCCCUUCGCCUCACCUCUCAAGUACGCAGUGGUGUCUCGGCGCGUACAUCGGCUAGACUACCUGCGCAGCGAGCGGGCUCUGUUACGAGAAUCGAUGAAGAGCGCUGAACAAGGCGCUAAUGGAGCUCGGAUGAGCACUGGCGCUGUUCGAGGAACGAGGUGGCGAGAUGCUCCACGAACAGCUCCGGUGCAUACAGAGUAG